UGAAUAAAAUAGAGAGAAACAAGAGGAGAUAUUUUCCUCGUUCGCCUAAUUUCUAUACAAGAAGUGAUAUGUGUGCGGCUUAAAACAAAGCUCAAACUUAUGAACUUCUAAUCAGAAAUGGACUGUAUAUGUAAAUAUAUAUGAUGUCGCCUGAGAGAAGCCAAUGGAAACACCUCUCCCACUCAGCAGCCCCCCUCCGUCAUUCCAAACACAUCAUGAGCUGUGCAGCUAUUAAAAGAGCAGGAAUCAGAAGCGUUGCCCGUCCUGUCGGAGGAGCUCUGUGAAUGAGCUGCUGAGGCUCCCCGGGAGGCGAGUGAGGAACCCACAACGCCUGCAGAGGCCUCAGAAGCAGAGAUGGACCCCGGUUGGACCACCACUGUUCUGCUGGUGCCUUGUGUGAUCCUGCUCACAGCGGGGUUCUUCUACCUCUACAGCUUCGUUAAGGGCCUUCUGUCCAAAACGUCAGUACGCAAUAAAGUGGUGGUUCUAACCGACGCCUUAUCCGGGCUGGGAAAAGAAUGUGCAGGCGUGUUCCACAGAGGAGGAGCGCGGCUCAUCCUCUGUGGGAAGAACUUGGAGAAGCUCGAAGAGCUCGGCGAUGAAUUGGCGAGCGCCUCGGACCCGACGGUGACGUUUCCCUCCAAACUGGUGCUGCUGGAUUUCGGGGACAUGGACAGCAUGCCCGAGGUGACCUCCGAGAUCCUGGAGUGCUACGGCUGCCUGGACGUCCUCAUCUUCAACAGCGGCAUGAAGGUCAAAGCUCCCGCCCUGAGCGUGUCUCUGGAGAUGGACAAGCUGCUGAUGGACAACAACUACUUCGGCCCGGCCACGCUGGCCAAAGGUCUGCUCCCCUCGAUGAUCUCCAGGAGAACCGGCCACCUGCUGCUGGUCAGCAGCAUCCAGGGAAAGCUCUCCGUGCCUUUCCGCACCGCCUACGCCGCCUCUAAACACGCGGCCCAGGCCUUCUUCGACUGCCUGAGGGCCGAGGUGGAGGAGUACGGCAUCUCCGUCAGCACCAUCAACACCACCUUCAUCGGUGGCUCGGCCUCCUCCCCGAACGCGGAGGCCUCCAGGUCCCUCUGGUCACGGCUGUACACAAAGAAACCUCUCGGCGUUUCUCCGGACGAGGCGGCCACUGAGAUCGUGAGGACUCUGAGCAGCAGGAGGAAAGAGGUGGUGGUGGCUCCCUCGCUGCCGAAGGUGGCGCUCUACACCCGGGCCCUCUUUCCAGAACUGUUCUUUGCCGUCGUGGCUGCAGGAGUGAAGAGCGCUGCGGCCGCAGAGAACAUGUAGAGCUGCUUGUGGACGGGAAGAGGCUGAAAUCCAUGAGGAGAUGAAAUAGAUGUGUCCCAUCUGUCAUCUAAAAUAUAAGCUAUUGUCCUGUUUGCAACAUAUUUAAAGAUGUGAACUCCAACAGUUAAAUUGAAUGGCCAGUACGAUUGUGAAGAAACCACCAGAAUUCAUCCAGAGGACAAUUCACAUGUGAACCUGUUCAACAGUCUUCUGUAGACUUUGCAUGCAAACAUCCAUAAAACGUCUGACAAUGGUCAGAUAGUGUUGUAUUUGUUGCUUCACAAUAAAAAGGAUGUAUGUUUGA